UACUUCUGCAUGGCUGCUGUGCUGCUUGCGGGUGCGGGCGUGGUUGCCUUCACGAACAUGAUGCGCUCGGCCUUCCUGACGGUGAUGCACGCGGCGAGCUUUGUGCUGCUUGCGGUGCUGUGCGUGGUCAGCGCGGCCAACCACCUUGCGCCGAGCGACGGCGGUGCGAGGGCGUACGCGGCCAUCGUGCUGCUGCUGACGACUGUGCUGCUUGCGGUCGCUGUGUACGGCGUCGUUGUGUGGUACGCGGAGGACCGCCACUGGCAGGAGCUGCGCGAGCCGUGGCGUGGAGGGCUGGAGGCGCUGCUGCGCGAUGACGAGGAUGGCGACGAGGACGUGCAAAAGCCACGCGACGUGACGUUGUUGUCGUACGCCACAGACACCACCGCUGCGUCGUCGUACCGACCACCCGCACCGCUGCAGCCCAUGUCCGGUGACACCCGCUCAGACGCGCUGAACCUGUUCGACCGUGCAUCCAGUGCGAGUGGCAAAAUUGAUCACGCCCUUCUGUGA